ACGACGGCAGUGCGUUGCUGACGCCGCCAGCGCGCGCACGACUCGCGCUACGAACGACCGCGUGUGCCUGUGCUUCGAAAACGCGUUUGACAGUUCCAAGUUUGAAAUUGAACGUUCAAAAGACAAACACUGAUUUAAGUUUCAACGCAACCUAAAUACAGUGCCGACCACAAGUCGUGACUUGUGGAAAAUGUGAUGUACACAGACCAAUGACUAAACCUGUGUGUGAGAGUGUACGUGAAUGAUACCAGCGCCAGUCUUGAUUUCCUCAUGAUAUUCUGUACUAGAUAAUUAGCCGGCAUGGAGAGCCGCGUGGGUUUGGACUACAUCGUGGAACAUGCGGAGUACGCGGGGAAGCUCGCGGCCGCCCUUACAUCGCCCGCCGCGCCCGUCAAGAAACAGGUGUUUGAGCUGCUGUCGGCGUUAUGCGUGUACAAUGCGGACGGUUACGCACGCGCAGUCGACACCCUCGACCGGUAUAAGACCCUGAAAGGCGAGCGCUACCGCCUGAGCGUGGUGGUGUCGGAGCUGAAGACAGCUACCACCACGGACUACCAGACAGCGCUGGUGGCCUUCGUCAACUGCCUCAUCAUCUCUGCCCCCCGCCUGCCCGACCGCAUACGAGUGCGCAACGAGUUUAUCGCUCUCGGUCUGCUGCCUACUCUGAACAACUUGAGGCAUGACGCCGCCAGCCACCCGGACCUGGGCGUGCAGCUGGACGUGUUCGAGGAGCAGCGCGAGAGCGACGAGGCGCAGGGCCCCGGCGGCAUCAACCUCAACUCACACCUCGACGUCUUCUACGCUAUACUGAAACAGGUAGCGGAUACUCCUCAAGAGAUCCCGUUCUUGAGCAUCCUGCAGCACCUAUUGCGCAUCGACCCAAAGGAGCCGGUGAGCGACAUCGUGUGGGACACGGCAGAGACACUGGUCCACCGAGCCACUUUGUUGGAGACCAGGGAAGAUGCCGCCAAGCUGCUGCGGGCGCCCAGUGUCCAGGCUAAAGUGGGUUGCACGUGUCAGCACAGGGACCAAUCGAGUGCGGGCAGGAAGCAGAGCCUGCAGCGGGCACUGUCCCCGCCACCACCACCGCCUGCACCUGUGCCACCAGCUGUCAUCCCGCCUCCGCCUGCGCCGAUGAUCCCACCACCGCCGCGCGGGCCGCCGCCCCCACCGCCGCCCGCGCUGCCGCCCCCUCCCCCUUCGGCGCCCUGCCCCACGUCACCCCCCGUGCCGGUCAUCGACGUCAAACUACCGCAACAAGAGACCCCCAUCCCAAAGACCAAGAUGAAGACCAUCAAUUGGAACAAAAUACCUAAUAACAAAGUGAUCGGCAGGAAUAACAUCUGGUCACUAGUGGCUUCAAGUCACAAACAUUCGCCGAAAACUGAGUUGGACUGGUCUGAGAUUGAGGGGCUGUUUUGUCAGCAGAUUCAACCAACGGGUUCUGCAGGGUCGUCUCCGCGGCUUGGCAGAAGUCCCAUCUGCGAUACAUCCGGUGAAAGGAAGACGAGGAAGGAAUCUUCAGAAAUUACACUUCUAGAUGGAAAGAGGAGUUUGAAUGUCAAUAUCUUCUUGAAACAAUUUAGGAGUUCCAAUGAGGAUAUAAUCCAGCUUAUUAGAGAGGGUGCUCACGACGACAUUGGUGCUGAGAAGCUGCGAGGUUUGCUGAAGAUAUUGCCAGAAAUUGACGAGUGUGAAAUGCUGAAGGCUUUCACGGGUGACGUCACAAAGCUGGGAAAUGCUGAAAAAUUUUUGCUGCAAUUGAUACAGCUACCUAACUACAAAUUGCGUAUAGAAUGUAUGCUAUUGAAAGAGGAGUGGGCUUCAACUGCUGGUUAUUUGGAAAGUGCCAUAAACGCCAUACUAGUGGCUGGUGAUGAUCUGAUGUCUUCUAGAGCUAUACAGGAGGUCCUGUACCUGACGCUCAUAGCAGGCAACUUCCUAAACGCGGGAGGGUACGCAGGAGGCGCAGCGGGAGUCAAACUGUCUUCCCUGCAGAAACUGUCUGACAUCCGAGCCAAUAAACCUGGAGUCACGCUUGUACACUAUGUAGCUAUGCAAGCUGAACGUAAGAACAAAGAACUGAUCCAUUUCGCUGAUGAUACGAGGGUGCUGGAAGAAGCAGCGAAAGCUAGUGUUGAACAAAUUCAUAAUGAGAUCAAGACUUUAGAUAAUAGGAUUACGCAGCUCAAGCGAGAGAUCCAACUCCCGACGACACAGCCGGAUAUCAAAGUGCAAAUGGGAGACUUCCUACAGGUGGCUGAACAAGAAGUAUCAGCACUGAACAAAGAUAUGGAAGAAGUAGAAAGCCUGCGUAAACAACUAUCCGAUUUCUUCUGUGAAGACCCUGUGUCUUUCAAACUGGAAGAGUGUUUCAAGAUUUUCGUAUCAUUCUGCGCGAAGUUCCGUCAAGCCGUCAGUGACAACGAGAGGCGACGAGCGAACGAGGAGCAAGCUGCCGCUAGGAGACGGGCCAGAGAUGCUGCUGCAGCUAAAACUAGGACUGGUGGCAGUGUCUGCAGCACGCCAGUGUCGGAGUGCGAGUCUCUAAUGGAGUCUCUCCUCCUGGACAUCAAGAACGGGCUCGGUCGUCGAUCUCUGCGACGUCCUCAUGACCCCUCACCAUCGCCUGAUGUGACUCCAACUGGCAGCCUGCGUAGACGCAGCCGGGCUAGUCCAGGUGAAGGUGACGAAGAAGGUUUGUUAGAGUUUCUACGUCACUCGUCACCUGCUGCUAAUGAUCUGCGCGAGCGCAGUGCUUGGGGCAGCUUGGAUCGUUCAUGGUCCCGCCGUGCCCCGGUACGUGCUCGUCUUGAGAUUCCUGAUCGUGAACGAGAGAGAGAACGCGAUAGGGAGCGCCCCGCAUCACCCCGUGCCCCGCCCUCCCCUGCACCUCAACCCGAAGCGCCCGCAAAACCGAAAGAGUGGCGCCAAAAAAUCGAAUCAUGGCUUCUUGCAAACAGCCAAGAGGAGAAACGAGAUGCCGAAUUACGCGAACGAGCAAGACGACUACAGGCGAACAGGCGGUCCUUGGAAAACGACUCCGAGAGCGAACGAAGCACAACACUGGACACUCUGCCAGAAGGCAGAGCGGAAUGGAGGCCUGCUGUGCUACCUGAUAGUGACGUGGUGAAAGCGAUCGAGGCUGUAGAAGAUGUUCAACCACAAACAAGGGACAACAGGGUUCCAUGGCGGAAGACUGAGGAAAAUGAAGAAAUGAGGCGACUCAGGAGACAACGUUCUCGCCAGCAAAUAGAGUCACCCCAACCACUAGUUUCUAUUACUGAAGAAGAAAAGCGAAAAUUACCAGAUAUUAAGGUAACUAACGAUAAAGGAACCAAGACCGAUCGGGUAGAAAUUGACUCGGACAACAUCGAAACACCACCUGUGCAAAGAAAAAUGUUCAAUCCGCCGCCAGAGAGGGAGCCCUGUAGGAAGUUCCAGCCGUCUUUAACUAAAGUCAAUACAAACGAGAAAGCGGCUGCUGAAAUGAGGGACUUGUGUCAAGAGAUUUUAGGUGACGGUCAGUUUGACAGGUUUUCAGCUGCACGAAGAACCAGAAGGUAUAAAAGAAACACAGAUUCCAGCUCUCCGGAAGAAGAAAAGAAACCUGAAAGUCCCACAGAGUUGGUUGCGGAGACACAAGUGAUUAGACCAUCGAAACUGGAAAUUCAGACGUCAUAUCAAGUGGAAACGCCACAAGAAGUAGCAAAGCCAAUUGACGUGGUGGUUAAGGAUGAAAAAGAACAUAGACUUAAACGGUGGCAGGAUAGACUCAAGAGCCAAAGCAGUACAGAAAAAACACCAACCAAAGAAACUAAACAUCCUUACUCGCGGAUGAGGCGGCAAACGUCCAUCAACCAGGAGGAUGUCCAAAAAGCUAUAAGAGAGCUAAAAUCUCCGACAGAAACUCCUACCGGAGUUUGGUCAAGGGCCGCGUAUAGAAAAUCUAUGACUGCUAAACCAGAAAAGGCUCCAACGAUCGAGAGAACAACAUCACCAAGAAUACCCAAAGUGAAAAGCGAGCAUGAACUCAACGACGAAGGGUUCGAAGAAACGCAAAGUUUGAAUUCGGAGAGCGCGUCUCAGGGCGCUUCAUCUGGCUGCAAUGUGGAUUGUGACUCCCCGGUACCUAAAGUAACGAAAUCCCCAGAUGUCCCAAAGAAAAUUUCUACCAAAGAGACUAGAACGCCGCCACGGACGCCGUUAGAUCCAAAGCGUAGUGCCCCGAAGCGCGCCAGCUCCUUAAGAGUGGAACGUUCAACGUCGCGUACCUCGCUGCGGAGCUCUCGAAGCUCAUUGAACAGUUCUGCUUCCGUAGCGACCGUGAAGCGUGCUCCACCGGCACCCGUGAAGCCUGCUCCCAAGCCGGUCCCGAAGCCGGUGUCGAGAAUGCCAGCCUCCAGGUCCUCGUCCAGCGGUAGCUCGGUGGGCGCAGCGAGGCCCCCCGUUCGUAGCGUGAACCGGACCUCCGGCUUUAUGCGGCCCACCCAGGCUUCUAAGGGCCGCGGCACCGUGGCCCCCACACCACCGACGCUCAGGGCUAGCGCCAAGUAACUGACACUACCAAAUCACGGAUUUCCCUCUCGAUUUAAAAUAUAUUUACACAGACAUCCUGGAUUAUAUUCCAAUAUGGCCAGACUUUGUAGCUAGUAUUAAUCAUAAUGGAAAUAAUUAUUGUCUUUAGCUAAAUAAGCAGAAAUUAUUGGAAUCUUCAGAUAACUCAGGCGCAAGAAUCUCAACGAAAAUCUGAAGCUUUCAAUGACUGAUUAUUUUUAAAUUAUACAUUUAAGUUUUAAUAUUAUGUUUAAAGAUCUGUAUUAUGUUGAAGCAUCAAGAGUCAUUGCUGCACCAGGAUAAUGGUCCCGUACGUAAUGUAUUACGACUUUCAGUAAGGGUAGGCCCUACUUUCUAAAAUAUUAAUCUUAUUCUUCGAAUUAAUUAAUGUGCCACGACUAAGUACGGGUAUUUUCAACCUAAUUUAAAUUACCAUUUUAUUAAGGACAUGAUCUGGACACAAUCCGGCUAAGAGUGCGUCUCUUCGCAUAGUUCCGCGCCCAGGUGAAAAUGAAAACUAAGUAUAUUAAAUUCUUUUGGGCGUCGACGGAAUAAAUAAUUUAAGUAUUCACUAUUGCAAAGCCAGUGAAUUAGAAAGUAUUUUUUUACUUUUUUUAUGAAAUAUCCCAAUGUUUUAGUUUAAGUUCUGGCAGUGCAGUGUUGUUGUCACACGCCCGGAGCUGGUGUCUGCGAGUAAUAUUGGACAUGCACUCCAUACCUGCAGAUUAUUUUAACAAGACGUAGCAAAAUGAUCUGAUUUAUAUACGUAAAUAGUCGAUAAUAUAUCUUGUAGAUCUUGAUCAAAGGUUUAUAUGUCACAAAAGCGAUUUAUACGCUCCAUAAUUAUAAUAUUAUAUAAAGAAAUUAAUUACUUGUAAGAAACUUAACACCAAUGUUUUAUUUUAUGUGUUUAUUACUAAACGAAACACAAUAAAUUUACAUCUACAAAUUAUGA